CCCGGUCUGCGCAGACCUCCUCUGCGCAUCGUGCAUGUGCUACAGGAAAAUUUCUCUCAUCUAACCUGAAUCACCUAAAUAUUAUACUUUUAAACAUAUUUAUAUUCAGAUGUGUACAUAAACUCACUAUUUAAAUACCCAUCAUCAUCAUUUUUGAGAUUUUGUCAAACUUAGAGUCAAAGUCAUGGUCAUGGAAACUCCUAGUCCACAAUGUGUUGGCCGUGAGUUCGUGAGGCAGUACUACACCCUGCUUCAUGAGGCUCCGGUCCAUCUUCACAGAUUUUACAGUCACAACUCCUGUUUUGUGCAUGGUGGAGUUGAAAAGCCAGGGGAAGAGCAACCUCCUGUGAUGGGACAAGCUGAUAUUCACAAGAAGAUCAUGUCUCUCAACUUCCGAGAUUGCCAUGCAAAAAUCCGUCAGGUGGAUAGUCAGGCGACAGUUGGAAAUGCGGUUGUUGUGCAGGCAAGAAAAGUAUCUCUCUCUUUUUUAGACUCUGAACAGGAUGUUGUUGAAAAUGGCCAGCAAGUGGAUUCAGGGACUCAAGAGUCCACUACGUCUUUCUAUGAUCAACCUCCACCCCUCAGCAAUGGGUCAUCACAUGUUGAGGAUGUUGACGAGGCUGUUGGUGUAGCAGAAGAGGGAAAGGAUGUUGAAGAGAAGCUUGAGCUGGAAGAUGAAAAGUUUGAUGAGAAGGUGGAGUUGAAGUCUUCUCCUGGAACUACAUCUGCUGCAAUAGCCCCGUCACCUGCAACUACAACACCUGCGACUGCCAGCACUAUUACAGAAUCAUCGCAUGACGAUGAGGAGGAACCACAAGCUUUCGCGCCAAACAAAAUGGCGGCUGCCAACCGGGUUGAUGGCGAUGAAAUAUUCAACUACCCUUGCGGGAAAGGCAGAUCCAACUUGAACCGAAACCUUUUUCUUGGGCUGCAAUGGCCAGUAAAAAACACGGUGUCAGGAUCUGCCCCACCUCCAGUGUCGAGCCCUACUGUCAAGUCUCAACAGACAAGACCAGAGCCCAAACCUGACCCAAGCCUGGCUGCUGCUGCUGCUGCUGCUCCACAGCCUCAGAGACCUCCAAGGACUUUCAAUGAUGAAGGGCCUGAUUCUUUUAGACAAGCUCGGGAACAGCGGAGUGAACAGCGAGGCGAGAGAACAAGUAUGAGUCGAGAUGAUGGUGACAAUGACAGUAUCAGUGGAAGAAGGGGCUCUCGCUUUCCAGAUAGCCACCAGCUCUUUGUUGGAAACCUACCACACAACAUUUCAGAAAAAGAACUGAAAAGUUUUUUUGAACACUAUGGAAAAGUAAUGGAACUCAGAAUCAACACUAAGAGUGGUGGGGGAAAAUUGCCAAAUUUUGGUUUUGUGGUGUUUGACAGUCCUCAGCCUGUACAGGACAUCUUGAGAAUUAAGCAAACUCAGCCCAUUAAGUACAAUGGUGAACACAGAUUAAAUGUUGAAGAAAAGAAGCCCAGAGGAGAUGGUGGUCGAAUUGGAGGAGGUGGUCGUGGUGGAAGUACACGUGGUGGAGGAAUGGGCCGGGGCUCAAGUGGUUUUGGUGCCCCAGGGCGUGGUAACAUGAGGUCUGGAGGAGGCGGAAUGGGACGAGGAGACAGAGGAGGGUUUGCGAGCCCAAGGGGCGGCCUUCAAAUGGGUGGAGGACGACGCUGAUGAUGAUGGUCCAUGGUGCUUAAACUUCUGAAAGUAUGCAAUUCUGAGCUGAAGUAGACAGGCAUAUCAAAUUUGAAGCUGUCUUUAAAAUGGUCCCUUCUGGUGCAGUCAGUACAGCUGUAUGGUUGUUUGAUUGUGCUUUGUUUUUGAAUUAUAGUAAAGUUCAAAGCAAAGUGCACCCUCUAUUUAAGAAUACUUUGUGAUUAUUAUUUUGUCCUAAACGUGUCUAAGAAUGGGGCAAUGGAGUGGAAUGGACUUUCAGUGAUACAAAGAAACCCUCCUUUCCCUUGUCAGUGCAUCAUUCCUUGAGAUGAACGAUAGAACCAAUGAAACCAAUUUAAAAAAAUUGUACAGUAAAGUAAUAUAAGACGUGCGCAGAACGGGUCUCAAUUGGUUUGCAUUGGUGCUUCUGAAUACUGGUGUUGCUCAGUGAUACAAGGAGUGAUGUGAGUGAUGGCAGAAUUGCAUAUUUUCUCAUCUUUAUAUGUGAACUGUGUCAUUGUUACAUGCUGCAUAAAAUACAAAAAAAGACUCCUGGUUUUGUCUGUGGCAGUUCCAUUUAGCUGUAACAACUUCAAGAUCCACUCAUGUACAUUUGUUGUAAAAAUGGAUUAAAACAUGAAAAUUAUGAAAGAUCAGUGUUAUUUUCAUACUGUUUAAAAGAAACUGUUUUUUAAUAUAUAUAUAUAUUUUUUCUUUUUUUUCUUCUUUUUCUUUUCUCCUCUUUAUUUUUUUGGUCCACAAAUGUGAAUUGACAUAGAAUGUUUGUUUGAUUGUAACACUAUGCAAAGUAUGUGCAGGUAAAUAUCAUCUCCAUGCUUUGUUUUUCUGUGCUCUGUAAUCUUCUUUCCCUGCUCGCCACUGCUGCCUCUGUUUGUUACUGUGUGCCAAGCUGUUUCAGAGGGCAGGGGAAAAGAACAUUCCUUCUUGUUGCUAGCCUCAUAUAUCCCUAACCCCAUCCACUCCAUAGUCGGCAGUUAAUCAUGGCGAUAAAGCUCUUAUUUGAAGUAUUACAUAGUAUUGAAGGGACAUAAGGGAAAUAUAUUUUAAGGUUGCUGUUAUAAGGAAGUUGAAGUUCACUGGGUAAUAGGGUUUUGCAUCCAUAAAUCCUUUGUGGAAACCCUGCCAUUGCAGAUAAUUUGUCAGUUGUCAUGCAAAACAGUUGCCAGUGAUUAGAGAAAAAUAAGUUCAUUUUUCAAUGUCAAUCAUCAAUCCAUUUCAUUAGAUUGAUUUGUUUGCAGUGUGUAAAUCAACUAUUUAUUACAUUUAUUGUUGGGCUAAAAUUAAUGAAUUUAAUAUGUCAUAAUAUGUUCAUUUUACAUCAGUUGCUCAUAUAGAUCAGCCUGCAGAUACUUAACCAAAGAAACUUGGCCUCUGAAAUGUAUCUUAUGACUGGUUGCCUUUUUUGUUUGGCUCAUCACAAUUCUGAACACCUUCAGCAUUUUGAAUAGGUUGAGAACAACGCUGGUAUGUAGAAUUCCAAUGAUAUUCCUUCUGAAGCUACCAGGUUGUUACGACUGACCUCAAACUAUAAUUGAUACCACUGAAAUUCUAUUCAGUUGUGACAAAACAAGAACCUAAUCAGAUUUGUAACUUCAGCAUCACAGAAUGCCGGUUGUCUUUCAUUCGUCAGAUACAAGUCUGGUAUUUCCUAUUUCCAUGUUGGCAUCUUGUAAGAUAUCACGUACUCACCUGCAGUGGCAUUGUGAGAAGAUGACAACCAGUAGGUCAUUAUCACCUGUCAUGACUGCCUGGUUCACUUUUCUGUGUUCCUGUGGGCAUCAGUUGUGAGACCAAUCUUGUAUGUAUUGUAUAUUCCAACUGAGGUGGUUUCCAGUUCCCAACAAUUCUUGAUGUAAUCGGAUACAAAUCAACUGUCCAGCUGCACGUUUUCAAUAAAAUUCCUAGGAUUUUU